GGAUCACGAGCCCAGUCCAGUCGCGGUGUUCCAGAAGUCGAGGUCGCGCGAAACGUGGUGUGGAGAGUCCCAGCUUGCUGAACUGCCCCCGUCCGACUCUGCAAUCUUUUGAGAAGUUAAACUUUGCGUGCUGAAAAUUUGCAGCGAGAGUGAAAGUUUGCUAGAUUAAUAUUUUAAAGGUUCGAUAACACCCGGAUUAGUGGAAUCGUCGAGAAAAGAGCCUCAAACCCAUCAAACAUGAAGCCAGUGAUGAUCGCUCUGUUGGCGGCGAGCUGCCUCUGCUUGUGCGCCGUUGAUGCUACCGUUGUAGAUCCAUGUCCUUCAUCCAAAAGCUUGGUUCCCAUCGAGGAAAACGAAAUCGAGAUUAGCAACUGCGCCAAGGGACCGUGCAAGCUGAAGAGGAAGACCAAGGUGUCCAUCAACCAGAAGUUUACGCCGACCGAGAACAUCAAAACGAUGACGACGACGGUGUUCGCGCAGGUGCUCGGUCUGCCGCUGCCCUUCAUCGGCGUGGACGGAACCAGCGCGUGCGAUUACAUCUUCGCCGAGGACGGCGAAACCAAGCUGGGCUGCCCGCUGAAGGCCGGCGUUCCGGUGGUGUACAAGCGCGAGUUUCCCGUGCUGGAGAUUUACCCCAAAAUGAGCCUGACGGUGCACUGGGAGCUGCAGGGCCGGGGUUCCAAGUCCAUCACCUGCUUCGAGGUGCCGGCCAAGAUCGUUUGAGGGUUGAAAUAGUUUGGAGCGAUUUGCAGUACUUACAUGAAGAGCCGUCCCGUACAAUUAUUGUGUAACAGAAGAGUGAGAAAUUAAAGAUUAUAUUUUUAAAUAA